CUGGAUUGCUGCUUGAUGCUAUACAACAUCCUCUAGAAUAUGUUGUACAACAAAGAUCAACAACUGCGGAAAUGAGGACAUCUCAAAUAAUAUUCAAAGCCAUAUGGAGUUGGGAAAUAGGAAGCAAAGUAAUGAAGCAUCAUCUACAACAUUUGAAAAACAACUUGACGAAGAUCCAUGGAAUCUAAGCAUGUUCGAUGACAUACAGCUAGACCAGAUUUAUGAUGCUGCGCCAGUGGACAAAAGGAAUCAAAAGGAUGUGCAAGACAAGUCAAUGGAGAAUGAAGAUAACACAGGAUUAGGGCAGUUCAAUGAUGAACAAUCCACCGGAAAUGACAAUACCAGGAGAGAUGGUGUCAACACAGAUCAACAAAGAGAAAUAACUGAAGAAGAUAUCAAUAUAUUCCUGAACAAUGAGAAAUUAGAAGCUGAGGGAGUGAAGCAGGAUGAAAAUGCAAAAAAUGAAACUGUGGACAUCUUGAAACCAGAGAUAGGAAUGGAGUUUGGUACAAGAGAAGAAGCGCAUAAAUUCUUCAACCUGUACGCUUACACUGAUGGGUUCUCAGUCAGCAUUGUUUCAUCUUACUGAACUGCAAGCAAAAAGAGAAACAAUGAGGUGAUCAGAUUUACAAUGAAAUGCAACAAGUAUGGGAGAAACAAUGAAGCACAAUCAGAGCAGAUUGUGGCGUAGAGACAGAGCACAGUAAUAGCAAAAUCUAACUGCAAAGUUGAGAUGGUAGUAAGUGAGAAAAAUGGUUUGUGGAAAAUCACAGGACUUGACCUAAAACACAACCAUGCACUAUGUCCACAGAGCAGGUUCUACAGGUCACACAUAUACAUGUCAGACGGUGAAAAACAGGUGAUCAAAACAAUGAAACAUUGCAACAUGCCUACCAGAGACAUGGUUGCAGUGCUGGCAUUUAUACGAGGAGGAAUGACACAACUUCCAUACAAUAAGAGAAAGGUCAGCAACUACAGCUCAAGUAUAAACAGGGAGGUGACAAACAAUGAUAUGACGGAGGUCCUCGAAUGGUUUGCAAUGAAAAAGAAAGAAAACCCAGGGUUCUACCAUUCGCUAGACUUGGAUGAAAACAACAAAGUAAGAAGUGUGUUCUGGGCAGAUGCAAGAGCUAUACUUUACUAUGAUAUA